GAGCUUGGGAGGCACACCCUGAGCUUGUCCUCCAGUUGCUAUGGUGAAGCUAAGCAUCCCUCGGGCUUUGCUCCGCUGGCCGGACGGGGCAGCCUGGCCUGCACAGCGCCCUUCUAGGUGUACUGAGGUGCCCUGAGCACUCCGGCUUUGGGGAAACUGAGGCGGGGAGCAGAGAUGAGACUUGCCUAGCUAAGGAAGCGUUGGAGGCCAGAUUCGAACUGUGCUUUGAGAACUGCUUCUGGAGUUUGUGAUGAAAAAGAGGGGUCUGACGUGCACCCCUGAUUUGGGGAAAGCAGAUUGCAGUGAGUUCAGAUGAAGUAAAGAAGAAAAUAGGGUCUUGGUGAGGAUGGAAUCCAACCUGAUGGUCCUGGCGCCUCCCGUCGGCCGAGACCGAAUCAUCUCUGACUUUCCCAAGUGGUACACGCCUGAGGCCUGCCUUCAGCUCAAGGACCACUUCCACAGGCAGGUGCGAGCUGCGUGCCAGGAGCAGAGGACAGGCACAGUGGGGCUGAAGGUGUCUAAGGUGGUCGUCCUUGGAGAUCUCUACGUGGGGAAAACCAGCCUCAUCAACAGGUUCUGUAAGGACGUUUUUGAUCGGGACUACAAGGCCACGAUUGGCGUUGAUUUUGAAAUCGAGAGGUUCCAGAUUGCUGGUGUCCCCUACAGCCUCCAGAUCUGGGACACAGCCGGACAGGAAAAGUUCAAGUGCAUCGCAUCAGCUUACUACAGGGGGGCCCAGGUUAUCAUCACUGCGUUUGACCUGGCGGAUAUCCAGACCCUGGGCCACACCAGGCAGUGGCUGGCAGACGCCCAGAGGGAGAAUGAGUCUGGCUCCAGCUUUGUCUUUCUGGUUGGGACAAAGAAGGAUUUGCUGGUCCUGCCUGUGAGCGGACAGAGAUGGACGCUGUCCAUCUGGCCAAUGAGAUGCAGGCUGAGUACUGGUCAGUUUCAGCUAAAACAGCAGGCUGCUGCCUGUCCUCCCACAGGGGAGAAUGUGAAGGCCUUUUUCACCCGAGUUGCCGCCCUGGCUUUUGAGCAAUCCGUGUUACAAGAACUGGAGAAGGGCAGCUGCCAUGCCCAGAUCAGAGCCGGGGCCUCCAUCAGCAUCAGAAGGGAGGAGAGCUCAGUUGCGAGCCAGGAGGGUGCCAGCGGCAGCAGCCCUGGGUGCUGCUAGGCAGGGCUGCCGCCAGGACACGCUCAGUGGGGCCACAGAGCACAGGAGCUGGUGACCUGGCACGG